AUGACUAUCGAUACUCCUUGCUGUACUGUUACCCCAUUCUAUGAUAUUAAAGAUACCCCAUGGGGUGGUAGAUCCUGUUUUGCAACAGACGACAUACAGAAGAACACAGUCAUUUUGGAAGUAAACGAUACAACUGGUUCCUCCAUCCAAUAUGAGUUUAGAAAAGAAGUUUGUCAUUACUGUUUUAAAUAUAAUAAUGGUAAGUCAAUGAAAUUUAAAAUAGAGAGAACAGAUAUCGAAGGUUUUCUUUCUGAAGAUAACAAAUGGUUGAAAUCACAUCUGAAAAAGUUUCGUGGUGCAGGAUUGUGGUUCUGUUCCUCAGAUUGUAUGCAUAGCUAUUUGACAAUACCGCAAAUAAUUGAUCUAAUAGAAAUCUAUGAAAUAUUGUUAGAUAAUUAUAUGAAUAAGUUAAAGAAGCACAAUCCUGAUGAUGAUCGUGAAGCAGAACUCAACUCUGUUGAAAUAUCGCAACCAAUAAUAGAUUCAGUAUGGGAAAAUAUUAGAAUAGAAUGGUUGCCGUUGAUAGAUACAAUGAAAUACACCAAACGUGAACAAUAUCUUCCAAUAAUAUCAGAAGAUGAGUAUAAUUGGGCCAGGUUUGUGAGCAAUACUCUAUUUCAUUUACGUACAUACAAUAAAGAUACCGAGACCGGUAAAAGUUUUUGGAAUUUACAGUCAAACGAACUAAAUAAAAUGAAACAAUUUCCUAUUUUAUUGCAUUUUCAACAAUUAGUUUUUAAAACAUUAUAUAUAUUACUUCCGAAGACAUUAAGGGUCGAUUUCUGUAUUGAAACUUUCCGACAUAUUAUGGGGUCAGAAUACGGUAAUGUUUUUGGCAUAUGGCAAGAGGGCGAAACUGUAGAUAGUCGUGAAUCGUUGGGGCAUUGGGUCUUCCCAAGGGCCUCAUACUUUAACCAUUCGUGUAUGCCGAACAUCACAAAGAGUAGAAACAGGAAUACAAUGUACUUUACGUUGAAUGAAGACGUACAUUGUGGUGAUGAAUUAUGCAUAGAAUACUCUGGUAUACUUGAUUUAACGACAGCUAAAAGACGCCAAUUUCUGAAAGAAAAUUGGUUCUUUGAUUGUCAAUGUCGGAAAUGUAGGUUAGAAAUUCAAUCUAGCCAUUAA